CAGCUGGCUGGCAAAAAGAUAAACAUUCCCAAAACACACAAAGUUAGCCAUGAUUAUUUAUGGUGUCUAUAUAGUUAGUAAGUCAGGUGGCCUGAUAUUCAACCUGGACAACAAUGUCCCACGCAUCGAGCACGAGAAGACAUUCACAUACCCACUGGACCUGGUGCUAGACUACGAUUCCAAGAAGGUAUCGGUGUCGUUCAACAGGAAGGAUGGAAUAAAUGUGGGUCAUGUCCUGGUGGCGGUAAACGGAAUGCCCGUUAACGGAGUGGCCCUGGAUGAUGAACGCGAUGUGAGGACAACGCUGGAGGCACCGGAGAACUAUCCUAUCAACUUGAAAUUCAGCAGGCCCAAGAUGACCACCAACGAGAAGAUCUUUCUCGCCAGCAUGUUCUAUCCACUGUUCGCCAUCGCCAGCCAACUGAGUCCGGAGCCCAAGAGUUCCGGUAUAGAGCUCCUGGAGGCCGACACCUUCACGCUGCACUGCUUCCAAACGCUGACCGGGAUCAAGUUCAUUGUCAUCUCGGAAACGGGUCUCAAUGGAAUCGAUCUGCUGCUGCGAAAGGUUUACGAGCUGUACUCAGACUACGUCCUCAAAAACCCAUUCUACUCGCUGGAGAUGCCCAUCCGAUGCGAACUUUUCGACAACAAGCUCCAGGAACUCCUCGCCCAGGUCGAGAAAACAGGCAUUAGCAAUAUUGAUAAAUAAAUGUUAAGUAUUCUUUGCACUCUGCUA